AUGCUAUCUCCAUACCAGCAGGAGCUUGUUGAUAAACUCAAUUCUUCCGGAGUAGAUGCUCUCAAACUUGUACCAAACUUGAGGGACAAGACAAAGUACGUUCUUCAUUACCGAAACUUGAAACUCUACACUCAGCUCGGACUACGUUGUGUCAAAAUUCAUCGUGCUCUGAAAUUUACUCAGACACCGUGGAUGAGAAACUACAUCGAGAAGAAUACAGACCUCCGGAAGAAGGCAAAGGAUGAUUUCUCUAAGGACUUCUAUAAACUGAUGAACAAUGCGGUGUUUGGGAAAACUAUGGAGAACGUUCGGAGGAGAGUCAACAUAAAAUUGCUGAGAAGUCGUGAGGAGAAGAAAAUCAAACAGCUUGUUGCCAAACCAACGUACAACCGCCAUGUGAUCUUCAACGAUGACCUGGUCGGGGUACAAAGUAACAGGACAAAGGUCGUCCUCAACAAGCCCAUAUAUGUUGGGAUGUCGAUUUUGGAUCUCUCAAAGACACUCAUGUAUGACUUUUACUACAAUCACCUGAAAGUGAUGUAUGGCUCUGAUGUGAGACUCUUGUACACCGAUACAGACAGCUUGGUUCUUCAUUUCUUUACUGAUGAUCUGUUUCAUGACAUGAGUGAGUUUCUUGAGAAGUAUGAUACAAGCAAUUAUGAUCAAUCACAUCCGUUAUAUUCCGAGAAAAACAAGAAAGUUGUUGGCCUGUUCAAAGAUGAACUCGGUGGGAAACUGAUCACUGAGUUUGUAGGACUUCGUUCCAAGAUGUACAGUUACUCUGGUGAGGAAAGUGGAAAAAGAGCAAAGGGGGUGAAAAAAGCAGUGCUCAAGAAAACUAUCAAACAUGAUGAUUUCCGAAAUUGUCUCUUGGAUCAAUCCGUGUUCCAUCGAGAAAUGACAACACUCCGGAGUCAUAGACACGUCAUUUUCGGAGAAACGGUUAAUAAGAUAGCCUUAUCACCAUUGAACACAAAACGAUACAUCACAGAAGAUGGAUGUAGCACGUUAGCGUUCGGACACCAUGAAAUACCAAGAUAUCUGGCUGAGGAGGGGUUUGAUAGCAGCAUUUCAUUCAUGAGUUAUGCUCCGGAUAUGAUGAAGCAGUUCGUCCAGUGA